CAACAUUACAAAAUUUAGUUGUCAGUAAGCUAGCAUGCAUGCCCUAAGAAUCUUUCUUUUUUCCUGAAGUGCUUUCGCGAAGACGUGAGGUAGUUUGUCAUCAUUUAGUUCAAAAAGGAACCACAAAAUGUCAACUGCAACUAUCCGUACCCGUCGUUUCAUGACGAACCGUCUGCUGUGCCGCAAGCAAAUGAUCUGCGAUGUCCUGCAUCCAGGUCUAGCUUCGGUGCCCAAAAAGGAAAUUCGGGAUAAACUGGCUGCCAUGUACAAAACUACUCCAGAUGUAGUGUUCGUAUUCGGUUUCCGCACCAACUUUGGUGGUGGAAAGUCGACGGGAUUCGCGCUGAUCUACGACACAUUAGACUUCGCGAAAAAGUUUGAACCAAAACACCGCCUGGGUCGUCACGGACUAUAUGAAAAGAAGAAGAUGACCCGUAAACAGCGCAAGGAACGCAAGAACCGUAUGAAGAAGGUGCGCGGUACCAAGAAGGCCAAGGUCGGACAAGCCGCCAAGAAGUAAACAAAUGUAUGUUUAUGCUAAUUUGGGGAUUUUCUUACUUGGAUGGGAGCUGUUCAUUCCGUCGAAUGAGGAAAAUAUAUUGUAUGGUUUAAGAUA